AUGUUGAUUAUGAACAUUUCGUCAUAUAUGGUUUUUCUUUUUUUUUUAAUGAUUGAGAAAAAUGACUCCCUUUGCUAUUAUCCUUACUUCUUGACGGGGAUGCCACCGAGAGAAAUUCCCGGUUUUUUUUAUGAUGAGGAGAAAAAGAGAUAUUUUGCAAUCCCGUCAUCCAGAGAUGUUGCCGAUUUUCAUACCUCUGAAGUAAAAAGAAUACGACAGAAAGUUGAAAAGAAUAAAAGACAAAAGCAGCUUCCCAGGAAAUUGAGCCGUUCACAAACAGUACUUUCAAGAUUUAAAAUCCAACAAGAUGCUUAUUUUGUGCAUGUUGAACGGAGGUGGAAACUUUUCCAAGAGGCACAAACAACGAGCGAUACCUUAAAAUCUCUGUUAGUACAUCAGUCAAAUGAAAUUGUCAUGGAAAGGCCCAUUCAAAUGUCUGUGCCCUACGAUUCUAUACACAUAGAGGGAGUGCUCAAGUUUAAUGGCUUUCGCUUGGUACUUGAAAGUGGGAUGAUAGCUUAUACAGGCUGUGUUUUUUAUCAAGAUACACCUAAUGGAAUACUUGCUAAGGCGUACUCACAUAAAGGAAUGUUGGGUGUCCGUGGGGAAGGGGAUGAACAGGAAUGUCAUCUUCAAUAUGAUAACCUUGAAGGGCUAAUCGAAAGUUAUAAACCGACGACUAACGGCAAAUUACUUUUGCUGAAAAAUGGUAUACCAUCAGAUCGUGAGAUUCAGUUUUAUUGUGAUGAUUUUUAUAUCUUUAAUGACUAUAGGAAAGAAGCAUUAGUACAAAAUUCGUUUUCUUUUACCUACGAAUCUGAUGUUAUUGCUAUAGACCAAAAUGGCGGUUGCAGGGCUUAUUGUUGUCGAAAUGGGAAUGUUUUUGUUCAAACGGGACAGAAGAAACCUAUGAAGAUUGAGUUUGGAUCUGCCGCUUGUGGAGUUAAAUUGGUUAAUACAGAAUAUUUCUUGGUUUGUAUUGUAUCUGGAAUAAACAAUAAUUUGCGAAGUUACAAGGUGAAUCCAGAAUUGUCUACCUUUUCCUUAUACAUUAUAUAUGAAGACUACAAGUGGCCAGUUCGAGUGUCGUCCAAUCUGAAAGGUGACACAUCCAUGGAACACGUGUUUGCCGUAGAAUCGCAGACAGAGCAUAGUGACAAACUCGAACUGAAAUUUUAUGAUGUGCAUUGUCCUAGACCUCUCAAGAUGAUAUCAGGUCCUUUUUUCAUCAAUAACCUUUCAACUUCGGAGUAUGAGUGGGCAAUUGAUGGUGGUUCAAUCUUUUUGUUUGACAAGGAAUCUCAAAAGUUGAACAUAUUUAAAAGUAGUAUAGAGCUUGACUAA